CCCACAAAAAAAAAAAAAAAAAAAAAAAAAAAACAGAAGAGAGCUUCGACUCUAUGGCCUCGUCGCGAAACGACGCUGUUUAUCAACCGCUUCUGCAGCCGGUGGCGGCGGCGGCGGAGUACGGCGGGGGAGAGCUGGAGCGCGUGCUGACAGACGCUGAGACGCCGGCGAUGAGGCGCGUGGGGAGAGCGACGUGGAUAGAGUCGAAGCUGCUGUUCCACUUGGCGGCUCCGGCGGUGAUCGUGUACAUGAUCAAUUACUUGAUGUCGAUGUCCACUCAGAUAUUUUCCGGCCACCUCGGAAACCUCGAACUCGCCGCCGCUUCCCUCGGAAACACAGGCAUCCAAGUCUUCGCUUAUGGCCUCAUGCUGGGGAUGGGGAGCGCGGUGGAAACACUAUGCGGGCAAGCGUACGGAGCCGGAAAAUUCGAAAUGCUGGGAGUAUACCUACAAAGAUCGACCGUAUUGCUAACCCUAACAGGAGUUAUCCUCACCGUAAUAUACGUAUUCUCAAAACCAAUACUCCUCUUCCUAGGAGAAUCGCCGGAGAUCGCUUCUGCAGCUGCCCUUUUCGUCUACGGCUUAAUCCCUCAGAUCUUCGCCUACGCCUUGAAUUUCCCCAUCCAGAAGUUCCUCCAAGCUCAGAGUAUAGUGGCCCCGAGCGCUUACAUCUCGACUGCCACGCUGUUCCUGCACCUCCUCUUGAGUUACUUGGCCGUUUUCGUGGUCGGGAUGGGCCUUCUGGGUGCGUCUCUGGUGCUGAGCCUGUCCUGGUGGGUCGUGGUCGUGGCUCAGUUCGCGUACAUUGUCACCAGCCGACGCUGUCGGGACACGUGGCAGGGUUUCACCGUUCAGGCUUUCUCUGGUCUUGGGAGCUUCUUCAAGCUAUCCGCGGCCUCUGCGGUUAUGCUUUGUCUCGAGACUUGGUAUUUUCAGAUCCUGGUUCUUCUUGCUGGACUCUUGGAGAAUCCUCAGCUCGCUCUUGACUCUCUCUCUAUUUGUAUGACGAUCUCCGGAUGGGUGUUUAUGAUCGCUGUUGGAUUCAAUGCAGCGGCAAGUGUGAGGGUGAGCAAUGAACUUGGAGCUGGAAACCCUAGAUCGGCCGCAUUUUCCGUCAUCGUCGUUAACGUUUACUCGUUGAUAAUAUCCGUCAUAUUAGCCGUCGUUAUCUUGGCGUUACGGGACGUCGUGAGCUAUCUCUUCACGGAGGGAAAAGACGUGGCCGCCGCUGUCUCGGAUCUCUGCCCUCUCCUCGCCUUAACCCUCGUCCUCAACGGCAUCCAACCUGUCCUCUCCGGUAUGGCUGUCGGGUGCGGGUGGCAAACGUUCGUGGCGAAAGUGAACGUGGGAUGUUAUUACAUUGUGGGGAUACCUCUUGGAGCUCUCUUUGGGUUCUACUUUAAAUUCGGUGCAAAGGGGAUAUGGACGGGUAUGAUAUGUGGUACGGUCAUGCAAACGAUUAUUCUUGCAUGGGUCACGUUUAGUACGGACUGGAACAAAGAGGUGGAUUUAGCUACGAAGAGGUUGGACCAAUGGAGCGACCGUAAAGAACCACUGGCUUCUCAACGGCAGUAAUUUGAAGUUGUUCCGGUCAUUGCGAGCAAAUGGACCGGUUGAUUGUACCGGGUUUGCUAAUGAAAACCGAUCAGGUUAACCGAGCUGGUAUACUGGUUAACAGAUUCGAAGGACCGAACUCUCCGGUUCCGGUUCGAUGUGUUAAAGUCCUCGGCCACACUUGGCCUACAUUCUUGAUUUGCAUGAGUAACAGUUGAUGUAAUAAAUGGAUUGGACUCCAUAAAGAUAGUUGGUUUCGUGCACAUCCGUACGUAUGUAUAUUAUAUAUGCAUAUGUUUUUUCAAAGCCUUUUUA